AUGUUAUGCCUCGGUUCGACUGCGGCGCAGAUGAGUCUUACUUAUUUCGGGAAGGUUAUAGAGAUCAUGAACUGCAGCUGUGAACUGAGGCGGUCGUUCAACGGCAUCGCGAAACAGUUUGCGUGGACAGGUUCCGGCGUGUUGCUUGGCGGAAUUCUUUCCGGGCCGUUCGGAGCUAUGAUCGGAGCUUUUAUAGGUGCUAUGCUUGGUUACAGAUAUUCUAAUGGCUAUGACGCAUUUAUUACAAGUAUUCAGAACAUUACACCGGAAGAAAAACUUCAGAUGCAGCAUAAGAUUCAACAGCUGGUCGGAAGUACCGUUAUUGAGGAUUUCAUCACAUUCAUCCAGUCUGAACAGAUGAACCACUAUUUCCAUAGCCGCAUGUCAUAUGCCGACGUCUUCCGUGUUUUGCGAGGGCUUAAUAAAAUUUUCCGCUGCAGUCUCUGUUCUGGCCACGGUAAGCACCACAUCCCGGUCAUGGCUCAGGAGGUCCUGUGUUUUCUGCAGCCUCACUCCGGGCAGGUUAUAGUGGAUAUGACGUUUGGCUACGGGGGUCACAGCCGGGAGAUCUUGGGCAAGGCCAGCGAUGUGAAAUUGGUCUGUCUGGAUAGAGACGCCGUGGCUGUGCAGGCGGCUCAAGACCUUGCGAAAGAAUAUGCAGAUCCCAAUCAACGAAACGAAAUCAUCGCUUUGAAGGGAAAGUUCAGUGACCUUCCUCAUCUGCUAAAAGAACGGAAUAUUCAACCUGGGACCGUUGAUGGCAUUUUGUUGGAUGCCGGCUGUUCAUCGAUGCAAAUGGAAGUCGGUGAACGGGGCUUUUCAGUGCACUUGGAUGGUCCUCUG